AUGUCCAAGUGGGUUGUGAUUACUUUAGUGACCACGUGCUGGGUUUACUUUAUACAUAGUGCAUUGAUAUGCAAAGAAAAUGAAGUUAACGUCGAGUGCGCACACUGUGGACCAAAGCGUUGCGAAGAUCUUGGAUAUCCGAUCCGAUGCGGUGGAGCCACAUCGCUAUGCAAGCCGGAAUGUGUGUGCAUAGAUGGCUACGUGAAAGACACUAAUGGAACCUGCAUACCGAAGACUGAGUGCCCCAGCUGCCGAUCGGACUUCAACGCUACAACAGGCUGUGCAUUGCGUAUUGCCUAUAAAUUGUUGAAGAAAUGUAAACAUGGAGCGGAAUUCGAGAAAGUUCAAAUUUUUAUGAAAUCAAGCAAGUAA